AUGACAGUCAUUAAGACACUACUCUCUAAUCUGAUGACAGUCAUUAAGACACUACUCUCUAAUCUACAUACGGCAUCAACAGACACACUACAUACGACACCAACAGACACACUACAUACGACACCAACAGACAUACUACAUACAACACCAACAGACACACUACAUACGACACCAACAGACACACUACAUACGACACCAACAGACACACUACAUACGACUUCAACAGACAUACUACAUACGACAUCAACAGACACACUACAUACGACACCAACAGACACACUACAUACGACAUCAACAGACACACUACAUACGACACCAACAGACACACUACAUACGACACCAACAGACACACUACAUACGACACCAACAGACACACUACAUACGACAUCAACAGACAUACUACAUACGACACCAACAGACACACUACAUACGACUUCAACAGACACACUACAUACGACUUCAACAGACACACUACAUACGACAUCAACAGACACACUACAUACGACACCAACAGACACACUACAUACGACACCAACAGACACACUACAUACGACACCAACAGACACACUACAUACGACACCAACAGACACACUACAUACGACACCAACAGACACACUACAUACGACAUCAACAGACACACUACAUACGACACCAACAGACACACUACAUACGACACCAACAGACACACUACAUACGACACCAACAGACACACUACAUACGACACCAACAGACACACUACAUACGACACCAACAGACACACUACAUACGACACCAACAGAUACACUACAUACGACAUCAACAGACAUACUACAUACGACACCAACAGACACACUACAUACGACUUCAACAGACACACUACAUACAGACACACUACAUACGACACCAACAGACACACUACAUACGACACCAACAGAUACACUACAUACGACUUCAACAGACACACUACAUACGACACCAACAAACACACUACAUACGACACCAACAGACACACUACAUACGACACCAACAGACACACUACAUACGACACCAACAGACACACUACAUACGACACCAACAGACACACUACAUACGACACCAACAGACACACUACAUACAUACGACACACUACAUACGACACCAACAGACACACUACAUACGACAUCAACAGACACACUACAUACGACACCAACAGACACACUACAUACGACAUCAACAGACACACUACAUACGACAUCAACAGACAUACUACAUACGACACCAACAGACACACUACAUACGACAUCAACAGACACACUACAUACGACACCAACAGACACACUACAUACGACACCAACAGAUACACUACAUACGACUUCAACAGACACACUACAUACGACACCAACAAACACACUACAUACGACACCAACAGACACACUACAUACGACAUCAACAGACACACUACAUAAGAAACUAACAGAAUUACGUUAUAAUACACCAUCACAUGUAUUAUAUAGUGUUAAGUAG